AUGCCUCGGUACACGACGUCGCAAACCUUCACGGAUGGCAACACGCAGAUAGUCGCGCUUCCCGAUAUCGUAGAGACGAAGCGCGAGGAUCCCAAGGGUGACGUGGAGGAGGAGCCGUACGAGGUGAAGCUACAGCGCAUCUCCGAGUGCGUCCCGCUGCGCAUCACCAGCACCAGCGGAAGCUCCGCGGGCAGCGGAAGCGGAGACUUUCACCAGUACCGAGCGAUGCGGCGGCACGAGCAGGACCGGCUGAUGCGGAUGGAGGCGGAUUAUAACAAGCGCAUGGAGGAGAAGCGCUUCCAACAAUGCAGAGAACAACGGCUUAAGGAAGCGGAGGAGCGAACAGCAAAGAAGCGAGCGAAAAGGCAAAAGAAGAAAGAGAAGCGGAAGAAGCAGAAAACAGAGGAGCCACGGGAUGGCAGCUUGCCGAGUGUGGCCGAAGGGCAGAGGGAGGGGCUUGUAUCGAGUGAUGAGGACGAGGAGGAGGAGGCUGCUGCACCAUCUGCCCAGGCAGCGCUUGAUUGA